AUGGGAAAUAGAUUAGAUUCUUUGAUUUUCAGGCCUCCCAAUCCCCCGUCUUAUAGCCGCAAUGACCCUCAUCUCCAUCUAAUACCAACUCCCGACGGAAAUACCAUCGCAUCCUACUUCGUCAAACACAAGUAUGCGAAGUUUACGAUAAUUUUCAGCCACGCUAAUGCUGAGGAUAUUGGCAAUGUUUUUGGAAACCUUAUCAAAAGAAUCACCAAGUGGAACUGUAAUCUUUUCAUUUACGAUUAUCCAGGUAAUUCACCGUUUUCUAAUAUUGUUACUUUUAUUGAACUAAAUUUGAUGUUAGGUUAUGGCCUAAGUGGUGGCGUUUGCAGUGAGCAGAACAUGUACAACUCAGCAGAUUUGUCCUACAAUUACCUAAUAAAUUUUCUGAAUGUGAAUAGUAAGAACAUAAUAGCGUACGGUCGUAGUUUGGGUUGUUCUUGUGCUAUAUAUUUGGGCGUAAAAUAUAACUUAUUAGGCGUGAUUUUACAAAGCCCAUUUUUGAGCAUUUAUCGCAUUAAACUUCCCUGCUUCUUACCCUUUGACCGCUUUAACAAUUAUGACAAGGUGAAGGACCUCAACUGUCCUGCACUUGUUAUUCACGGUGACAGCGAUGAUAUUAUCCCAGUUCAGCACUCGAUUCAGCUUAUCACUAGAAUUCCAGAAGUUUAUUACUAUUUCGUGAAGAGGGGGAAUCACAACAAUUUAGACUACUGCUUCACUGGCGUUAUGGACUCCUGCAUUAAUGAGUUCAUCCACUAUCUUUUGAGCAAGUAUUUGUCCGAGACUCAGGACGGGAUCAUCUUCGAGAAUGAGCCUGAAGACAAGUAUUACGGCGAUAAUCUCCUAAAGCAGAUGGAAAACACCCAGAUGGAACAGCUCUUAUCACAUAAAGUUAACGUGAACUUUUACACUCGAGGUGCCACCGACAUCAAUGGAAUUGAGUACCCUGAACGUGACCCUGCUAGACUUAAAUUCAGCAAUUGCUUCAAAUUUUAA